CUACCUCGGUGGCGUUUCGUUCGACGGCCACAUGAACGCAGCCAAGUCCGGCGGCCGCAUGGUCGCGCGCCGGCACGGCGGCGCGGUACCCAGCCGCCGCGCCGCCUCCGCCUCCGCCCUGCCCUCCGCCACCCCCGCGACGCCUCAGCACAUCUCCCACUACCUCGCGCACAACCCAAGGGUAACCUGGGAGGCGCUCUCCGCCUCGUUCCCCUCCGCCGCCGCCGCCGCGGCGGCCGACGGGCACGUCGACGCCGUGCUCCUCUCCCUCGCCAGGAACCCCGCCUCCUCCUCCUCCGCCGAGACCAUCGCCAAGAACGCGCACAGCUUCUUCCACUGGUCCGCCGCCUCUUCGCCAUCCCCCCACUCGCUCCGCUCCUACUGCCUCCUCGUCCACCUCCUCUCCCGCGCGGCGCUCAUCCGCCACGCCUCCGUCCUCCUCCAGUCCGCCAUCACCAGGCACUCCCCCUCGCCCGCUUCCCAUUUCCUGGACGCCUUCUUCGCGGCCUACGAGGACAGCGGCACCGCCGCCACGACCCGCGGCCUCCACCUCCUGGUGCACGCCUACGCGGACCUCCGCCUCCCGGAGGACUCCCUGGAGGCCUGCCGCUACCUGGCCCGCCGCGGCGUGACCCCCUCCCUCUCCGCCUUCAACGCCGCGCUGCACGCGGCCCAGCGCACCGGCCGGUUCAGCGUCGCCUGGGAGGUGUUCGAGCUAAUGACGCUGAAGCGGGUGUACGCCAACCAGGCCACCGUCGAGCUUGCCAUCGGCGUGCUGAGCCGCGAAGGCGUGCUUGCCAGGAUGGCAGCCCUCGCGGGGAGGAUCCACGGCAAGAAGUGCUCGCCGGGCGUCGUGGCGCACGUCGCGCUGGCGCUGUGGAUCUUCGAGGAGGGGAGGGCCGAUCAGGGGAUCCUGCUGCUCAGGAGGAUGCUGCAGAGGAACAUUGUGUUUGACGACAUUGCCUACUCGCUGACCGUGCAUGCUUAUUGCGAUAUUGGUGAGCUGAAGUCUGCACACGAGCAAUGGGACGACAUGGUCCGCCGAGGCUGUCACCCGAACGCGUUCGUGUAUACCUGCCUCAUCGGAGCGCAUUGCCGCGAAGGCGGCGUCAGUGAGGCUAUACAGCUGCUGCAAGAAAUGCUAUCUAAGAAGCUCAAGCCGUAUGAUGCUACGUACAGUCACCUCAUCAUUGGGUGUUUCAAACAAGAGAGGGCAGAGGACGGCUCGGAGUACUUUGACAAGAUGCUCCAUGAAGGCCUCAUGCCGGACAUUGGCACUUGCAAUGAGAUCCUAGAAGCGCUCUGCGGCGCAGGAGAGGUCAGCAAGGCGAACGAGUUGCUAACGGCAAUGAUCUACAAGGGAAUUGUUCCUGGCCAGGAUACAUACUGUAGGCUCAUUGAUGGAUACAGCAAGGUUGGUGAUGCCCAAGGUGUUGUCAAGAUUUAUUAUGAGAUGGAGCACAGGGGACUUACCAGUUGCACUGAAGUUUUUACCUGCCUUAUCAGGGGGCUCUGCCAAUGUGGGAAUCCGAAGGAAGCUGAGAAGUUCCUCUCUGUGAUGGAAAGGAAAUCGCUGGUUCCUACUAGUGACAUGCACGAUACGCUCAUCAGCAGUUACUGUGAGAAGGGUAACACUAAGAGGGCACUUCGGUUGUAUGACACGAUGAUCACACGGAAGGAGAAGCUAAUCCCCUCUGCGGAUACUUUUAUGACGUUAGUGAGAAGAGUCAUCAAAGCUAAGACUAACUGUUCCCCUGAUACCUAAUCUCGCAGUCAGAUUGUCGUGGUUGAUGGAAGAAAAGCUGAAAGGGAUUCUACAGGAUAGGCAAAAA